UUAUUUUCUCGCCAUGGUUCUAAUUAGCGCGUGAAUAACUGCAGUUUAUCAUGGUCGGUAAAGGAACUCCCUUGCUGAUUUAAAUAAGAAUGAUUUUUUAAAAUUUGGAGUCGAUAGAAAUAUAGCACUGUCGCAAUGAAAUGGCUCUUCUUUUACUCGUAUACCCAUAUGUCAACAAGUGAUCUUUAAAAGUCUUUUGAAGCCAUUCGGUCAGAAAGUUCAGUCAAGUAUAUCGGGUUUGCUAGACUCUGUAGUGAUAUUUUCCUAAAUUUUAUCACAAGGAAAAAAAACAACAACCAAAAAACAAAGAAAACAAAAAUGUAAAUGAUGGUAUCUCGCGAGUGUCACUUUGAUGAUUUUCGGGACCAUUAUCAACUUUCUACUUGGGCCGAUGUCGACCCCAAAGGAAAAAGCUUCGUCGGGGAAAAAACUCGGCGAACGUCCAUACCUCUCUCCCGAGAAUCGACGAAGCGACGGAAGCAAUGUGUAAACCAUGGACAGUAUAAGUCUACCCGGCUCAUGACACCGCACUCGGAUGAAAGUGAAGAAGAAACCAAUAAUUGCGUCAACUGUGAUGCGCAGAGAUCUACAAACAACGAGCGCGAUCAGCAGGUAGAACACACAGGUAGAAAGAGCUCCAAUGGGAAUAUGGCGUUCCCUGCCCUCUCUGUGAUGGGUGGAGGGGGUCAAAUUGUCCGAUCUCGAAGUAAGAUCAGCAUCAAUGCACCUGAAGACGAACAACGAAGCCCAUACCGAAACAGCAUUAACUUGAAAAACAAGGAAACUGUCAUUCUCAAUGUCGGGGGACAGAUUUUUGAAACCUACAAAAAUACACUGACCAGAUUAAAAUCGUGUAAAUUGGCCAGAGAAUCGGAGCUCAAACGACAUUACCGAGAGAGCAAGGGGGACUACUUUUUUGACAGGGAUCCUCAGUUAUUCAGCGUUAUAUUGAAUUACUUGCGGACUAACGAACUUCACCUGCCAACGUACUUAUGUGGACCAGCUGUUCAAAGGGAGUUUGACUAUUGGGGAAUUGAUGAAGAAGACAUCGAACGAUGUUGUUGGCAGCCGUAUAAUACGUGGAAAACCCAAAACAAAUCCUUAGAAAAGUUAGAGUACGACCGAAAACGAUCCAUGACCCAACAACACUUGGAGAAGGAUCGGAGAAGUCCACAUUUCUGGACCCGAUGCAAAGCCACAGUGUGGAACUUUCUCCAGAAUCCCAACACUUCGCUAGGUGCUAAGAUAUAUGCGUGGAUUUCCAUUAUUUUUGUCUUCCUGUCAAUCUUCUCAUUCUGCGCAGAGACGCAUCCAUUAUUUCGAGUUUCAAAGCACGAAGAGUUCCUGAAGGACUUUGGGACAUUGUACGAUCUCUUUACGUUUUCUACAAUUCAGGAAGCCAGGAACCACACAGAGACACUUUCAAAUACAACCACCGCCAAUCCCAUGGUUCCUAAAAAUGAAACAGUUGUCCAUCCAGCACUGAUUAUCACGGAUCUUCUCUGUGUGUCCUUUUUUACUCUGGAAUUCCUAACCCGAUUCAUGUUCUGUCCCCGGAAGUACCAAUUCAUCACUGCCUUACAGAACAUCAUCGAUUUCAUUGCAAUACUACCCGAUUACAUCGAAUUCUUUUUAAAACUUUCAAAUCCGCAAGGAAAUGAUUGGCCUUUCAUGGAUUUUAUUUUCAUUCUACGCAUGCUGAGGUUGUGUCGUAUAUUCAGACUAAUCCGCCAUGUUCCAGGGCUUUGGAUAUUAUUGUACACCUUGAAAGCCAGUUUUAACGAGCUACUUCUCAUGUUUGUGUUUCUCCUUAUCGGUAUGGUCAUUUUCGCCUCCUUGAUACAUUUUGCAGAACCGGACAGUGGCUAUGACAACAUUCCAAUAGGCUUCUGGUGGAGUGUCAUCACCAUGACAACCGUCGGUUAUGGUGAUAUGAACCCUACAUCUGCUCCAGGCUACGUCAUCGGAAGUCUCUGCGCAAUAUCCGGUUUACUGAUGAUCGCUUUCACCGUCCCAAUUAUUGUUAGUAAUUUCGUACUGUAUUAUACUCAUGUACAAUACGGUUGCAUUCGCCAUGGACGAGAAAAAUCAAAGUUAAUGGAUACUCAUGAUUUGACUGAAGAGGAUAAUGACGGUGAAAGUUUGAAAGUCAUACAAUGUCAACUGGAUGACAUAAAGCAGACGACAGUGGACGAAAACAAGCAUUCUGAAUUAACCGAAAACGGCCAACCGCGAGGGACAGAUGGCAACUGCAAUAAUCUAGGAUGAACAUUAUUUAUAUAUAUCCUUUAAAUUAUAUUGAGUGCGGUUUCAUUUACGCUACUAAAGUAGGAUCUUUGUACUUAUAUCGUAGUUAACGCAUUUUGAUUCGAUCAAAUCAUUCCAGAAUUUUUGCUCAUAGUUGAAAUCAUCCUCUUUUCAAUUCCUCAAAUCAUGCAUAUCUUAUUUAGCCUUUUCAAAUGGUCAGCUAAAUGUUUUUCAUAUACGUGAAUUAUAUAUUACCAGGGGAUCUUGGAGUGACUGAUCCACAUGAUUUUUAACUCACCUGAGCUGAAAGCUCAAGUGAGCUUCUCUGAUCGCCUGUUGUCCGUCGUCUGUCCGUCCGUCCGUCUGUAAACUUUUUACAUUUUCGACUUCUUCUCCACAACCACUGGGCCAUUUCAACCAAACUUGGCCAAAAGCAUCCUUGGGUAAAGAGCUUUUCAGUUUGUUCAAAUGAAGGGCCAUGUCCCUUUCAAAGGGGAGAUAAUCACAAAAAUGCAAAAAUAGAGUGAGGUCAUUUAAAAAUCUUCUUCUCAAGAACCACUGGGCCAGAAAAACUGAAAUUUACAUAAAAGCUUCCUGAUAUAGUGCAGAUUUAAGUUUGUUCAAAUCAUGCCCCCGGGGGUCGGAUGGGGCCACAAUAGAGGAUCAAAGUUUUACAUACAAAUAUAUAGGAAAAAUCUUUAAAAAUCUUCUCAAGAACCACUGAGCCAGAAAAGCUGAUAUUUACAUGAAAGCUUCCCAACAUAGUGUAGAUUCAAGUUUGUUCAAAUCAUACCCCCAUGGGUAGGAUGGGGACGCAAGUGGAUCAAAGUUUUACAUACAAAUACAUGUAUAGGGAAAAUAUUUAAAAAUCGUCUUCUCAAGAACCAAUGAGCCAGAAGAGCUGAGAUUUACAUGAAAGCUUUCUGACUCAAGUUUGUUCAAAUCAUGUCCCCGGUGUUAGGUUGGGGCCACAAUAGGGGAUAAAAGUUUUACAUAGAAAUGUAUAGGAAAAAUCUUUAAAAAUCUUCUUCUUAAGAACCAAUGAGCUAGAAGAGCUGAGAUGUACAUAAAAGCUUCCUGACAUAGUGUAGAUUAAAGUUUGUUCAAAGUAUGGCCCCCGGGGGUAGGUUGGGGUCACAAUAGGGGAUGAAAGUUUUACAUACAAAUAUAUAAUGAAAAUCUUUAAAAAUCUUCUUCUCAAGAACCAUUGGGCCAAAGAAGUUGACAUUUACAUGAAAGCUUUCUGACAUAGUGCAGAUUCAAGUUUGUAAAAAUCAUGGCCUCCAGGGGUAGGUUGAGGCCACAAUAGGGACUAAGGUUUUACAUACAAAUAUAUAUGAAAAGUCUUCAGAUAUGGGCCAAGGUGACUCAGGUGAGCGAUGUGGCCCAUGGGCCUCUUGUGGGUUUUUUAAAGAAAAGUUUUCGUUUGUGAUUGUAAACAUUAAAAAUAUAAAUCAUUUAAAGUACACAACCAUUAUUUGGCCCUACCUAAUACAAGGAUAAGAUCAAUAUUUUGGCCUUAAUUCUGUGUUAACGUAAACAAGACUCGAGCCUAGGUAGAUCGAUCCUAGUGUGAUGUCAUAGGUUUUUGUAAAAAUCUUUAUCAAAUUAAACAUUGCACUCGAUAGAAAUAUAUCUUUCAGAGGAAUUUUAUUCAUUGGGUAAAAUAAAAAAUUAUCAAAAGAUAAAACCAAAACUUAGGGGAAUCGUGAAUCAGUUCCAAUAAUUGGUGGAAGAAACCAGAGCCAAUGAUGUACGUGUAUUCUGUUCGUUUUCCUCAUUAUUUCUUCAAAGUAUGUCGAUGUAGAAUCCGUUUCAAUAUUCGUUUUUUUUGUAGUUGAUGUAGGAACUACACAUACUUGUAAACAUCAGAUCUACAAGUAGGAUAGUGUUUUAUCAUUAUGUUAAUGUUUUCGGUAGAAAACAACAUGGUCUACAAGUAGGAUAGUGUUUUAUCAUUAUGUUAAUGUUUUCGGUAGAAAACAACAUGAUCUACAAGUAGGAUAGUGUUUUAUUAUGUUAAUGUUUUCGGUAGAAAACAUCAGAUCUACAUGUAGGAUAAUGUUUUAUCACUAUGAAGUCACUUGAGCCAUUAGUACUUGCAUACGUUGAUGUAGAACACUAUAACAUUUUGUAUAAAAAAAAUCGGCUCAAGUACAGAAUAAGACGAAAAUAGUUCUUUUAACAUUGUGUAGGAAUAUUUUAAGUAACAUUGAAAAAUAGUUUGUUUCCUAUCUAUUGAUGAUACAAUAUUUAUUCUGAUUCUAAUUAGAUUGUAAACUUGAUUAUGCUAAUUUUGUUGGAAUAUUCAUAAUUUAUCCAUAGUACAGUAAUAAGUUCAUAGCUUGUUUAAUUUAAAUUAAUAUUCAAUUAUAUUUGAUUAUUUGACGAAUUUUUUGGUCGAUAGUUUAUAAUUAACCAGUACUCCUAUAUGUUUUAAAAAUGAAAUCAUGUAUAUUCAUUAAAUCACAGGGCAGGUACACAAGGUUUAAAAAUGAAAUAAUGUAUAUUCAUUAAGUCACAGGGCAGGUACACUAGGUUGAAUGGUAGAUAGGCCUACAGGUAGACAGGUCGAAAGGUAGACAGGUAUGUUCGAGAUAGACCUACAGGUAGACAGGUUGACAGGUAGACAGGUCGAAAGUGCUAACUGAUAGUCACAGGGCAGGUACACAAGGUUGAAUGGUAGAUAGGCCUACAGGUAGACAGGUUGAAAGGUUGACAGGUAGACAGGUAUGUUCGAGAUAGACUUACAGGUUGACAGGUCGAAAGGUAGACAGGUUGACAGGUAGACAGGUAUAUUCGAGAUAGACCGACAGGUUGACAGGUAGACAAGUUGACAGGUCGAAAGGUAGACAGGUUGACAGGUCGAAAGUGCUGACUGAUAGACACGCUGACAAGUAAACAUAAUUGAUAUCCUGUCGACCUGCUGAUCUUUCACUGUAGACAAGAAUCAAAUUUAUAAUUGAAACAUCUUAUUUGAGAUCAAAGCAUAGUUAAAAGAUUAUUAGAACAGUGAUUUUAUAUCCAAAGUUGCUGUAUCCUGUCGACCUGUCUACCUGUCAAUUUGUCUACCUGUCGACCUGUCAACUUGUCGACCAGUCAUCGCUGAUCGUGCAAUGUGUAGACACGAAUCAAUAAUUAAAUGAACUGAAUUAUUCAUAAAUUAUACAUAAUUUGCAAUAAUUAUUUUUUACUAAUUUCUUUGAAAUUAGUGCCUCCAUUUUAAUAUUAUGAAUAUUUAUGAGUUUUUAUUUGAGGUUUUUUCAUAAAUAAAGUACAUUUACAUAUUAAUUUGUAAUCAAACCGAUUUACUACCACUUAUGUGGAUGGGACUAUUUUCGUCUUAUUAUGUACUUAACAUGUGAAAAUUGUAAUUCUAUAUACCUUUAAUUUAUAUCUAAUUUACCUGUUCAUGUACUUGAAUCUCCAAACAUGUGAAAUGUUAGUUUAAUCUUACUUUGGCACACGGAUGCUGGUGUUUAUUUAGGAUGUGUCGUGUUACAGCAGCAGGAUUGGUUUUUAUAGGUAUCAUAAUAACAUAUCAUUUUAUCAUCACAUCGCUUCCCGGACUACUGGUAUAGUGUUUAUUAUCUGAUCUCGUCAGGAGGAACAAAAAAAAUGUAGUAUCUGAAUCUAACCAAAAAUAGAUGGAGGAUAAUUAACGGCGCUGUCAGAGGGCUCUUUCUGUGUUAGCUCUUUCCUGUUAACCUUCUAUAGAAUUUCUAUGCUUAAUUAGAAUGCCCAGUUUUGCGAUCGAGUAAACGUGUGCUAAAUUAACUUUUAUAUAACGCUGUUUUAUUGUUAUCUCCAUCCACUAUUUACUACUCCACUUCUAUUAAAGCACAGGAGCUUGUUUUCCAGUUUGCUCUCAAUCUAUAUAUAAAUAUCUAACAAGGGAUGACAUGAAAAUAGGACACCGGUUGUAAACAAAGCUAAAAAAUCACCUAAGUUCCAAGAAACAUAGCGUUAAACUUCUCCUUAAACAAGUCCAACGUAGUCCAAUCCUUUCAUAUUUUAUUUAAUGAGCUUUAUAGAUGAAAAUAAUUCAAGUUGUCUGCAUUGUCGCCGAUCACGCACAGGAAAAGAUAACUCUUGCAAUGAAGAUCAGUUCCCUGUUACAUUCCAUCGAAAAAUAUUCAACAUCAAGACGUCACCAGCUGUAGGUGAAGUGCCACAAAUUUAGACGUAUAUAUGACUCAUGGCCGUUGCAAUGAGGGUUCUUUAACGUGUCAACGCCUUCCUCAUUCAAAAGACCCGCGAUUAUUGCUUCUAAAUGCCGGGCGUCUUAGGUUUGAUGCGGCUAAGAUACAAGCAGAGCUCGUACUCGCAACCCCCUAGUCUCAAUGCGAACGCUCCAACCACUGCACCCGGUCAUUUUACUCUUACAAAUAUGGAAUGUUGAAUACCAAGCAAACUAUCGUUUCUAAAAGUAAUGGCUAAAAUUUGAAUUUGCAACCAUGGAUGAUAGAGAUCACAAUAACAUUUAUAUAGUUUAUACAUCAUGCAGCAUAGGAAGGCUUCACUUAAUUCAUUUGGUGUAUUAACUUUUCCGGAACGAGGGUUAGGGUUAGCAAAUACAUGUAACUUCCUGUUGUCCUGCAGUGAUGGUCUUUAAUGCAAUACCAAUACCAUGCACCUUGGAUUUCAAUCAGUUAUUGAAUAAGAGUUACUCAAUUUCUAGUUUUUGUUAUAAGUUAAAACAAUCUCUUGCGUAAAAUUUUCAUAUUUUCCUCGGGUAACUGAAUUCAAAUCCUUUCAUCAGUAUCAUCCAGAAUGAUUGAACAUCCAAGAAAAUUGUAUAUACUACAUAUCUUAAUAUAAUGUCUAUUUCCAGCUAUUUUAAAUUGUUAUUUACAAUUACUGUAUUGUAAAUUAUGCAUGUAUUCUACAUAGAAAUUAAUACAGUAAUUCUCAAUUCAUUGUCCUAACUGCAUGCAGUCAACUUCAGAUUUGUUCUUAAACAACGAAUUUUAGUGUUAUUCUUUAACCCUUGUGUGUAAUUUUUGACGCAUUUCAUGAUCAGCUUCACAUAGAUAGAUAGCAAAGCGCACUUAAUGUGACUACAAAAUAUAAUAUAUACAUGCAAUUUCACACCUUUUAUACCACGAGAGCGUUAAUCGUUUUUGGUCCUUAGUAUAGAUGAAAAGACUUGCAAGUUUACAUGUAAUUAUUUUCAUUAUUAUUUUCAUCAGUACCAAUUUUUUAAUUCUAUGAAUUACAAGGUACUAUUUAUUAGUAAGAGACAGAGUCAGUUUUACCUCCUUAUUAAAAAUACUGAGCACGUGUCGAUAUUAUAAGUUGUUAACUAUACCACUUUCACCCAAAGGUCUUUCUUUGCCAUGUUGGAAAUUACACAAGUAAUAAAUGUAUUAUCACUUA